AGACUGGGAAAUAAUGUAAUCCUGGCAGGGUGCAGGUCUUUGAGAAGACACUGUCUUCUUUGAGAAGACACUGAAGGAAGUCACAAAUGUGGUCUCACACUACAGGUUGUAGAUCACAAACGAUUGAUGAGUUGAACAAUUUUUGAGUUUAUAAAAUUGAGGCUUGAGUUAAAACCAUCUGUCCAGAAGAGGAACCUGAGAAUUUACAGGGAGCAACAUAAGGAAGUACCUAGAAGGGAUUUAUAAUUAGGGCCAUGCUCUCAGGAAGAGCAUGAGACCACAUUUGUGACUUCCUUCAGUGUGUGAUGCCCAUGAUGUUAUUGUAGUUCCUUUUUGUUGUAGUCAAUCCAAGCUCCUGGUAGACCCCCAGCAGCACCUCAUAACAUUGCCAAGCUUGUGGAGUUAUAUGUCAGGACUGCGAUGCCAACUGCCUUUCUCUUCUGGACGUGGCUUCAGCCCAGUAUUUGGUUCUCACCUCCAGCACCCCUCAGUGGAGAGGACUUUCUGUCCACCAUGCCCUCAAUGGUUUCUCUUUUCUCUUUGAAGUACACUGGCCUUAUUGCUUACUUGCUUUAACAUCAACUCUUCUCUUUACAAAUGUUUUUUUCUUAUUCACCAAUUGACCUAAAAGCAAAUGGCGUGGGGGCAGAGUCCAUAUCUCCUAGUUGGGUAUUUCUUGUAAUGCUCUGCACAGGAACACCGUGGUUAGUCCACUUGUGGCACAUGGUGGACAGCCCAGGGGGAGAGGUGUGUGAAAGGAGAGGACUGGCUCUUGGAGCUUGGGUAGUGCCAGUAAAAGAGGGACAGCAUGUGGGAACGUGGCUACAGCUCCCUCAUUCCUAUGGUCCUGGUGGUCCUGGCACUACAGAAAUAGUUAUUCAAUCAUAAUGGACAGGGCCCCUAAAAUGUUCUUCUGGGUUGAUGGGUUACCUAUGUCCGUAAAAUUAGGAGGAAGAGGAGAAUGAAGAAAUCACUGAGCACAGGUCUCUGGGUUUUCUGCCUUGCUUUAUUCUAAAAGGUACUCUCAGUCUUCUUAUUAAUAGAGAAGUGAAAUCUUCUGCAUUUCCUGCUGCUGCCUCACAAAUGGUUUCACAUCUCCUUUGGCUGCCGGGGCAGACACUCAGACUCAAGAGGGAACUCCGUGUGGCCUCAGCUCCCUGGCAGGUGGCCAACCCUGUGCAGGCACGGGACCUCACCGCAAGCAUUCCUGUGCCAGUGCAGUCUUGGUAGACAUUGGAAAGGAUCCCAAGCCCUGGUUCCUGCAAGGUUAGGCUCACCGCCUACCUAGGGGGAGGAGGAAGAAUGUAAAGGGGAAGUGUGUGUAUGCAGAUGGUUGGGGGGAAGAGUUUGCACAGUUUUGAAACUGUUAAAAGAGAAAGCAAGGAGACACUUGUUCUAAGAACAGAAGGAAUUCUGAGAACAGGGAAGCUAAGACUUGAACAGAUCAAGUGGCUUUCCCUUUAUCUUUCUCUCAGUGGAGGUCAGCGCUGGCCACCUUUACAUGGGUCACCUCAGCCUCAAGAUGUAGUGAGUGUGUGGGCAUGCUUGCGUGUGUGCACCUGUGUGUGAAUCUUUGGACCUGUUUUCAAAACUGUAAGAAUGAAGACACUUAGGUCUUUUAAGAUUAUAUGAGAUGACAUGGGAAGGGCCUACCUAGUAUAGUAUCAGUUCCAAAGUUGAAGCUCAACACAUUUUGGACCCACCACCCAAUUUUCUGCCCAUUCUAGCUCACCUGAUGGCUUAUUGAGGAGGUAGAGUAUAGAAACAUCUUAUAAUGAAGGUAGGGUUGAGAGUGGGGGUGCUGGGAAACAUGGACACGACUUCAGUUAAUCUUGAUUAGUUACACAAGUCUUUUGUUUCUUAUUUUCAUCUUUCUAUUCAUUUUUGGUACAUGCUUCUUUUUCUUCAUAAAUAUUGACUCUCUUGAGAUUAGGGACUUUGGGGAGGGGAACAGGUAAGUGUGGUAUCAAGGGUCUCCUAAUCCUCUUUCAUUUAGCUCACUACUAAAUCAAAUCCAAAAGCUUACAGAAACUAAGGUGAGGAGACACAGCUCUGAAGCCACUGGGGAAUAGAGAGAAGCCAAUUUAGGGUUCUAAAUUUGUGAUAGAAAAAGCCACCAGCUGUAUACUUCACAGUGGAAUAAGAGAAUGAAUUGCCAGUUAAAAUCUGCCUUUUCCAGGGGAAGUAAAGUACAGAAGCUUUGUCUUAUUUUUCUAGUGGCUUCUUAUGCAGGGACCUGCUCUGGGACAGAUAGGCUCAGUGGGAGAGACACACUGUUGAAUGUUGAGUUUGGGGAGGCAGUUGAGUUUUGGGAACUGAUCCAUUACCAGCUAUUUAUCAAGGGUUUAAGUGGAGUUGUCCUGCGGUCUGCCCUAAGAUAGCUCAGAGUGGUGGAGGAUAGGAUUUCCUGGCUCCAAAAAGCAGAAAGGAUGAAAUGAAGUUCUGCUGGCUAGAACAAAAAAAGCAAUGGAAUCCCAGGGAGGGAUUUUCCAGUCUGUCUCCGACCUCUAAAGUGGAGCUGCUUCCCUUAUUCUGCACUUGUGCUUUGAGGCGAGAUAACUCUGUACUCUCCUAAUACCUCCUUCCAUCUUAGUAUUCCUGGCCCUGCCACAGCUCCGGAAGGGCCUUUCACCAUCCCACCUCCAUCUCCAGGUAACAGGACAGACCAAGGGUUGCUCAAAAUCUGAGUAACCUCCCUCUAAGGGACAAGAGAAGUUAUCUAGUCCCAGUCUUUUGGAAGGAUAUUGAAAGGAAACAGUUAAACCAUUGGGCUGCCCAGGCUACAAAUGUUCUGGGAAUAUUGGGAUUAUUCUUUCCACUGAUUAAGGAAAUCCACCUACAGACUGGUCUUUCCCACAGGGAAAGAGUUAAGAGAAGGAGUUGUUUAAAGCCUAAGGCAGGAUAAGAUUUACCUGGUAACUGAUGAUGCUAAGCUAAAGCACUCAGUGAUUUGUCUCUGUAUUUGUCCUCGCCUCUCUAACCAAUCUGACAACUCUUAGUUUGGGACUGACUUAGAAGAGGUGGUUGGAACGGGUUUAGUAUCUAGGGGAUGGGUGGCUCCAAAUCAUUCAUUUAGUGGGGAUCAAGGAGCCGGGGCAAUACGGUAUUCCACUCAGGGUCUGGAGAACAUCUACCCAGGCUGGGCUACUGGAGCAGGCGAGGACCCAAAGACCCUGGAAGAACUGGUCCAGGGGACUGAAUUCCUGGAGUGUUCCUAGAGCAAAGCAUGACCACACUCCUACCAUUGCUGCUGGGCCUCAGUCUGGGCUCUACUGGAGAAGGUGGCUUUAUAGCUCACGUGGAAAGCUCCUGUCUGUUGGAUGAUGAUGGGACUCCAAAGGAUUUCACAUAUUGUGUCUCCUUCAAUAAGGAUUUGCUGACCUGCUGGGAUCCAGAUGAGGCCAAAAUGGUCCCUUAUGAAUUUGGGACACUGAAUGUCUUGGCCAAUUACCUCUCAGAUUACCUCAACCAACAGGAAUAUCUGCACCAGCGCUUGUCUAAUGGGCUCCAGGACUGUGCCACACAUACCCAGUCCUUCUGGGGAUCACUGACCCACAGAACACGGCCACCAACUGUACAAGUAGCCAAAUCUACUCCUUUUAACACGAAAGAGAGUGUGAUGCUGGCCUGCUACGUGUGGGGCUUCUAUCCAGCUGAUGUGACCAUCUCAUGGAGGAAGAACGGGCAGCCUGUCCCUUCUCACAGUAGUGCCCUUAAUAUGGCCCAGCCCAAUGGAGACUGGACAUAUCAGACUGUCUCCCAUCUAGCUACAACUCCUUCUUAUGAGGAUACCUACACCUGUGUUGUGGAGCACAUCGGGGCGCCUGAGCCUGUUUGUGAGGACUGGACACCUGGGCUGUCCCCAACGCAGAUAGUGAAGGUUUCUGUAUCUGGAGUGACUCUGGGCCUGGGCUUCAUCAUCUUCUCUCUUGGUUUGCUCAGCUGGCGGAGAGCUGGCUCCUCUGGCUAUGUUUUUCUCCCUGGAACCAGUUAUCCAGAAGGUCAACAUGUCUCCUAGAGGCAGAAUCCUACAACUUCUACCCCAGUGAGGAGAUUCAAACUCUUAAUGAUGUUGCCAUGUCCCCCCAACAUCCUCAGACCCUAUAGAUUUUCUUGGAUCCUAUGGUUUCUCCAUCCAGAUCUUUGAACUUCCCAGCCCAUCCCAUGUAGACCUUAGCAAGUUGGGGGGAACUCACUGCUGGGAAUAUUCUGUAAUCAAGUUAUUGUCCAAGGCUGUAUCUCUGGGUCAAAUAUCAUCUGGGGAGGGAGGUUAAAGGCCCUUCCGGGGGCCACACUGUGCCACAGGAGCCAGUGAGUCACUGGUGAUCAUCUCUGAGGAAUAAACUCCAGUGGAAAUGUU